AGGAGCAGAGAGAGUCUCUGCAGCCGCUCCGGGAACACGCUUCAUCCAGACGCGCGUCAGGCUCCGCAGGAUUUCUGCUUAUUAUCAUCAUCACUAUUCUUCUUAUUUCUAAAAACGCACUCCUGGGACUCUUUGGACACGACUAUUUAAAUCCGUUGCCCGCUUUUCUCCAAGGCUGGUGUUCCUGGUGAUGACCUCACUGCUGCUCCCUGUCAACGCCCACGCAGUGAUGAAGGACCUCGCUUCCUCCACGUCUCCUCUGACCUCCCUGCUCCACUACCCGUCUUCAAAGCCCUCCAUCGUGCCCUUCUCCCCGUCGGCCGGUCCCGCGUCCUCGCCCGGCGUCUCGCUGUCCUCCGCGCCGCUCUCCAAGCCGCAGCCGUUCUGCCUGCAGACGGGGCCGCACCUCAUCGCCAGCAUGCAGCUGCAGAAGCUCAACUCGCACUACCAGAACCUGGCCAGCGCGUCCGCCGGACACCCGGGCCCCGGCGGCGCUCAGAGGGGCUUCGGCGCCUCGGCGCUGGGCUCGGGCGGCCAGCUCCUCGGGCCCGCCGGAGGCCUCGCGGGCAGCGGCGUGGGCAUCGGCAUGGGAAGCCAAAGUUCAAGCGCGUCCGGGAUUAUCGACUUUGACCCCGUGGACGAGGAGGUUCUCAUGUCCCUGGUGGUGGAGCUGGGUUUGGACAGAGCCAACGAGCUGCCCGAGCUCUGGCUGGGACAGAACGAGUUUGACUUCAUGUCCGAUGUGCCCGCUGGAUGCUGACCUAUGAAAAUCCCACAUACGCAGAUGCGGUGGAACUGAUUGACAGAGCGAGAGAAGACUUCCCUUCCCGGUUUGCUUUUCUCUGUACUCCCUUUCAUGGUUGAUCCACGGAGGAAACAGAAGAGACACAGCGAUAAAGAGAUUGGACACAUACUCUUGUAUCUGUUUUGCUUUCAUACUCGCUACAUGUGGACCGGCAAUGCAAAGGAAAGGACUCUUGCUUUUUUUUUGGUUACUUAUAUGGAAUUUCUUGUCAUUUAAUCAGUAAAUGUGUCAUUACUGCCAUCAAACCAAUGAUGGCCUCACUCUGAUUUAUUAUUUCCCCGUUUCCCUUUAAAAGACAAAAAGCAAAAGCAUUAGUGGAGUAUGUUAAUCUGUCAUCUUUCCUCCCCUAUGCUGCGGUAGUGGCUUCAUAAAGACAAUCUGAUGGAUGUGAGAAGGCUUGAAAGAGACAUUCGAACCCACCUCGCAGAGGCAGAACCAGAAAGAUGAGAAAGACACACCUGUUGGACUGGGUUCCCCCUCUUUUCUUUAAAGAGUCGUCUUCUGUCGAUCCGAUCGGCGUGCAAAGAAAAUGGGAGCCACGGCUCAAAGAGAGAUCUGCAAAGGGAUGAUGGCAAACACUGCGCUUCCUGUCUUCUCGAUAAACAAUAUCUGACUGUGGUCUCAUGGGAAAGAGACUCCUGUCUCUACGCUCCACAAAGAUCUGAUUGUCUGCGAACCCGUUAUCGCAACGUUCUUCUUCUUCUUCUUCUCUUUUUUUCCCUCCCUUUUCUGUUGGAAUUCAGUUCAAUCAGUUGUAUUCCAGUUACUUAAGACACUGGCUGAUAUCCAUCAGGAGUGUUGGACAAGGAGUGCCUCUGUAUCACCUCUACGGUCGGCCCGGCUUCUCUGAUCGUAAUGAAUGAGAUUAAGAAACGUGGGAUCUUUUUGGAGCAUGUGACAUGAACGCAGUAUAUUUGGUGUGGCUAUGAAGGGAAGCGGAGCCGCUUUGGUCCUGAGGUUAGUUAACCAGGUGUCGAUGAGCCCGGGUGGUAUCUCCUCCGAUGAAGACGCCUGGCCUUGCGACAGGACCUCCUCAUUUUCGUCUCCGCCCUUCUGCUUGGACGUUUAUAUCAAAACAGUGGACAUAAACACUUCAAACAGACCUUACUGUUGCUGUCUUCAUAUGUGUUACCUGUUCUCCCAUCACAAAGUCUGCAGGUUGCCAUGGUGUCACUAUGACACCUUCAGACGCGAUCAGCUCGUAGAAGAUAUCUGAUUUGAUGUACCGCUAACGAGCAUUAAAAGCACUUGCCUAAUCACCAAAACAGCUUUGACCUCUUUGACAUGGACAUGGGAUCUUUUGUGUGCAUAUGGGGGGGGGGAGUGUUGCCCCGUUACCAUGUCAGUGUCAUGUGAUACAGUUGAACGCUGUGGGAAAAGCUAAUGAGCCGACCCUGAGGUGGUGUUCUACGAAGAGCUUUUACACGUGAAACUAAAUGUUAAAUGAUUGUUUUGAAGUGAUUUCACAACUUGAAACUGUCUCUUUUAUCACCUGUGACACGUAAACUGGUCAUCACCGAGGUCAAAAACCUUUUCAUGAAAGUGUUGUCUUGUUGUUUUAUGUAAUCAGUCUGCAGCAGAGCCGGGAGACCUCACUCCACCUUAAUAGCCGCCUUACGGUUUAAUGUGAGACGCUGUUUAUCAUGGGAUGCAUUCAAAGGCUGAAGGACUGUUCGUCAGGGCCGGACACCUUUUUAUGUUUUCGUAUGAUUUGACCCGAAAGCCCCGACGCCACCAGACGAGGUCUGCGGCCAACCUCGCACAUGAUCUAGGGUAUCACCGAUCGGAGCUGACACUCGGCCCCUCCGCCCGCCUGCGGGGGUUUUAGCGUAGCCACGUCCUGCUGGGGACGGGCCCUGACAUAUACCUGCCGCGGUAAUAAGAGACGCAGGACUACAAAGGCCUUUCACCCCCGAGGGUCUGUCAUCUCUUUCAUUCUGGGUCCUCCCGUCAGACCACACAAAACAGCACACCUGUCCGCCUGCAUGCAUGCAGACGGACACACCUGCACGAGCAUUUGCAUCGUUGCAAAAACACACGGGAUGUGCGGCUAAAGCCUCGCAAAGGCACACGAGCACACAUCCAAAACACAGGGAUGGUAUUACAGCAGAGAAAUGGGAGUCGCAGCCAUGAAACAGGCACUUGUCAGUUACACACUUCACAGGGUUUGGGGGGGUUUGUGUGUGUGAGAGAUGAAAAAGUGGGUUUAGUUCAAAUUUAAAUAAAUAAAAGCACCUAUUGGUUGAAGGAAACCAGACACUAAUUUAUUUUGAUAUACAACAGCUUCUGUACAUUCAUGUUUGCUUUCCCCUCAAUCCCUGCCGUUUCCCCGCACACGCAGUCCCACUGGUUUUUUCUUCUUUUUCUGCAAUUUCUAAGCGUCUCAGUUACAGCCCCCGACUUUCUUGUCUUUCCUUAAUGAAAUGAGAGACCCGGCGAUUAAUGAAAGCCUGUUGAAGGAGUAAUUUGACAGAAUCCUUUUUCUUUUUUUCUUCUUUUAAAAAGGGGCCUCGGCGGUUAUUUCCUUCAUAACAAUCGCCUCACUGACAUGGCGAAUAGAAAGAAAGAUGCCACUCAUCGCUUCCAAGGCCCACAGACAGACACUCUGAUUCUCCUCUUCCUCUGUCUCGGUGCCUAAGUGGGUCAGAAUAACAUUCUUCGCGUCGAAGGGGGCCUUGUGUUUGUUUCCAUCUGCUCCACAUCGUCUUAAAGCCUUUGUGUGUGUGUGUGUGUGUGUGUGUGUGUGUGUGUGUUGCUUGCAGUCCAGUCUUAAUUCCAGCUGUUUCAGUUUUUUUCCUGUGUGAACCAGAGGGUUCCUCCUCUCCCCCCUAGGGAAGGUGUCUUAUACAUAUCCUUGAAUUGUCAUUUCCUUAUUAUUUUACUACAAAUAGUUCACAAAAACUCCCAACACAUACCUUUUUUCAACCCUUAAUGUUCUUGACAGUACUUAAAAUCUGACAUCCAACCAGUUUGAUUACAUUUUCUGCUUCACAACCUGAAGUCUGGUGCAUCUGUUGAUGACUGGGAGGCAUCGAUGGGUUUCAAGCUUUGAAAAAACUGUAAAUUGUAAACUGUCUCGAGUGAGACUUUUGUUACAGAAGUGAGCGUUAGAUUCUCUUUGGUUCAGCUUGUUUUGGCUCUGCAGCAUCGGUUCAAAAUCCUUUGUUUUAUUCUUUGAAUGAGCUCCAAACAGACUUAUAAAGCCAAGUAUCCUCAGAGCACCUUAGAUGAGCAGGCGGCACGCCUCUUCUCCUGCUUGAUUUAAAGGAUUCACAACAUGCCCGCUCAUGGUAAUGAUCAGUACUCUUUGGGUCCACAUCUGCAUCUGGCUCUUGCUGUCAGUGGAUAUUUCAAAUUCCAGUCCGAGCUACAUAAUAAAACUAAGUUCAACUUUACCAUUUGGUUGGAUCAUUCACAGCCAUUGGCAAAGUGUAUCGAUUAAGUGCAUCAUCUGUCAGAAGAAAAGACCCUUAAUUAUUGAAGUUCAUUGGAGGAGCCACCGCUAAAGGUGUUAAAGGUUACAGGAUGUCUCACUGCCUGAAGCUUGCAGAUAACAGAUCUAUUAAGUUUUAGUAAGUGAUCAGAUUAGUUUAUAAAUUCUAUAAUUUGCCUGAUCAGUACAGGAUCCCAAAACUCUUUUUUUUUUCUUUUUGGAAAUGAAUGAAGGGCUUUCAUAGUAUCCACAAGUGAUGGGUUAGCCUGUGCAUGUGUGUGUGUGUGUGUGUGUUUGUGGGGUGGGGUGGGGUUAGGGUCCUUCAGUAAAUAAUCCCCAAACACAUCAACUACUCUGAACAUCUUGAACCCAAGCAGAGAUGUAUCUGUUGAAAGGCCACUGUUAUAAAAACUCCCCCGUAAUUCAUCAUCCAGCCACAUCUCUGCUGCCAGGCCCAGACAGACAAGGACGGCACUGAUUCACCCUUGUUUUACUUUUUCAUUACACUUACCUUCUUUUCAAUCUGCAAAUUAAGAUCUCAUGUUGUUGUUGGUUUCCCUUGAAGUUCAUAUUUCUUUUUCCCCGAGUUUUACCCCAAAUGACAUAAAUUACUAUUCAAAGAUGACUUUUUUAAAGCACUUUUAUUCAGCAGCUCUCACUUGUUCUUGUGUAUGAAUACGUAAGUGAUCAAAAAUCAUAUUGGAGAGAAAAUGCUUGUAUUUUUGUUACUGUUCAGAAGUUUGUGGAAAUAAAGAAGGAGAAAACUAACAAGUGUGAAUGUCAAGUUUACAC